AUGUCUGAAAAUACACUGUCAGCGGAUUUCCAUACUUGCGUACUACGGGGAAUCGUAAUAAUAUGUUUAAUGUAUUACACAUUUCGAUAUUAAGAUGAUAUCGUCGCCAGUGUUCGUUGAGUGUAGUCGUUUAGAGACCAAGAAGUAUGAUGUAGGACGAUGUAGGUACGGAGAAUCGCAAAACGCAAUAAUAGAUGUAUGACAACGAAAGUACCUAAACCGUAGGUACAUUGUGUACACAAAAUACGAGUAUAGAAUUUAGUUUUGUUUAGGUAAGUACCCACAUAUUAUCUAGAAUACGGGUAGUUUAUAGUGUUUAUACUAUGAAUUAUUGAUGUUUUUCAAAUUUGUUUUCUAUCAUGGGAUAUUGAUAUUUUAAUACCUAGGUACUUAUAUCUACCUAUAGGUAACCAAUUUUCGGAUAACAAUAAAAAUAUAAUACCGUGCGAUGUAUCGCAUCCUAUCUUGUGUUGACGUUUAUUCUUCGUUUAAUGUAAUAAUUGCGUUUUAAAACAUUUAAAAAUUAAAUUAUACUUUUCAUAAGAAAAUAAUUCCUAAAUAUCUAUAUGGCACGUUAAACUUAUUGCACGUUAUAAUUAUAAAGUAAAUAUUAAAUAACGAAAGUAAAUUUAAUUUUUAAAUAUUCGAAUAUUUGAAUACAAAUAAAUUGUUGUUUAAAUAUAUAUUUUGAAAAGUAUUUUUAUUGUACAAACUACAAAAUGCAAUUAAUAUUACUUAAUUCAAAGUAAAAGUAUAUUAUUUGAUAAGGUGCAACUGUUUGAAAAAAUGUAUCACAAAUCGAUAUAAGUGCCGAUCUAAAAAUGUAUUAUGCAUUUGUGCAAUUCAAGAUGUCACAGUAGCUAAGCCUGCACAAAUCAAUAAUAUAUAAUAAUAAUAUACAUUUGUUGUCACAAUAUAUAAUAAUUUAUAAUAACGCAUACAUGUGUGUACCUGUUUACCUAAUGUACCUAAUAAUAAUAUACGAAUAAAAUACGAAAAUAAACCAAAAUAUCACAUAAAUUGGUAAACAAUUUCGGAAAUUUACCGACCACAGUUGGUAAAACCUAGGAUUUACCGGUAAAUCCUAGGUUUUAUCGGUAUUCGUACUUUUACCGUAACAUAUAGUUCCGUUAAAUAUGAUAACGUUGUAUGCAAAUCAAAAAUAUUGCUACAUUCAAAAUAUCUGGUGAAAUAUUAUUAGUAAGAAGAUAAUAUCUUGAAUAUCAGCUAUUCUAAUAUUUUAUUUCUCUAGUUCAUUAUGCCUUGGAGUUGGGCCAUUGAUGAAUUAAAAUAUCAAAGACAUUUGUGGACAAUUUAUUUGCUUUCCCGCACAUAUUUUUUAAAAAGAAGGAUUUAUAAUAUUUUAUACUAAAUACUACACACUUUCCUCAUUUGGAAAAUGCUGUAAUUAUUAUUAAAUGUUUUUUUUUUUUUACACGUUCAAUAGGCAUUAUUAAAUUAAGUUAAUAUCGCGACUCAUGAAAUGUGUAUUAGUUUCAGACUAUUGACAGUAAAAUGCGGUCGGGAGUAGUUUUAUUGUAUAGUCAAGACAUUGAAUAUGUUCCGUCAUCAUAGUGUACAAUGUCCAACUCUGACCAAAAGAAUGAUCAGUAUCAGUAGCCUAACACUGUAUCAAACACGUUUUCACAAAAUCAUAAAUAGUUAUCCAUUCAACAAGUACAAAAGAUAAUAAAAGCACAAGAUAUUCCUAGACCAUCUGAAGGACAAUUUAUAGAUGCAAAUAUAAUAUCAACUUUUGGUAUAUUAUUCAUAGAGUUGAAAUAUUUUAUUUUGCUAAGCAAUUUAAAAUUAAAAAAAUUGCAUCACCUAUAUAAUUUGUAUUAGUUACUAAUAACAAUAAUAAUAAAUUAUUACUAUUAUAGAUAAUUAUGUUGCAGCUCUAAGAAGUGCGAAAUUAUUAUCAAGAAGUUCUCACGAACAAAAUUUACCUAGCUCAUUUCCCAAAAGAAAAACACAUAAAGACAAAAGUACACAGACUGAAUAUAACAACUCACUCGUAAAGAAGAAAAAAUGCAUAUAUAAACCAAACCAUGUACCAAAACAUAAACAAUAUACUUGUAAUAUACCAAUUCCAGUAAAUCCCACAAAUGUGAAACAAGGUUAAAAAAUAUUUAUUUUUUUAAGUCACUUAUGUAUUUCUGUUUGUGUUAAAUUAAUUAAAACAAUUUGUUAAAAUACAUAGGCAUGUAUCAAAAAUCCGAAACUACCUAUGACGAUCUAUUAUCUAUACCAGUAGAAUUAUUAUUUAAUCCUGGAACAUCUUCUACUUUAAGUUUUUACUUUUUUAUUACCUUAUAUCUGUUGAAUAUUCCACAUGAUAAUUUUUUUUUAUUAUUUUGAAAUUUAAACAGUUAUUAUUUAACAUUAUUACUAAUUUUUUUUUUUUUUAGCAAACACAAAAUUCACCAAUUGUAAUACAAGUUCCGUCUGAUAAUCAAUUAGAAGAUUUUAUAAAUUCGAAUUCUAUACAUUUUUCUGACUGUUCUGAUGGUAAGUUGUAUUUUUCAAAUUAAUUUAAAUUGUACCUACCUGUAUAAAUAUUUAUAAACAAUAUUAUAAUUCUAUAUAAUAAUAUAGUUCUAAUUGAUGACAAGUUAAAAGAAAAAAUUUUAGAACGUAAAGUAGUGGAAGAUAAUCUACAAGAUGAUGGACCAGAUAUUAUGAAGUCUGAUAUCAAUUCAGAUUUGAUGCAUCCCAAAAAAAUAAUAUUUUUCAAUGUGGUAUUUAUUUCUUAUAUUUAUGAAUUUAUAACAUUUUAUGUAUUUAUAAUAGUACAAAACAAUCUAAAAAUAAUUAUUUAUAUUUUAAUAUAUUUUAGAUGAAUAAAAAAAGCUCUCUUGUCUUUUUUUUAUUGAAGCAAGAUUUCUAG